CCUUCCCCACACUCUUUGUGCAGCUGAGCUCUGAAGAGGUGGCGAGAUGGGUUGGAUCGUGCUUACUUUGGUGCUGCAUACAGCUGGGCAGGCAGUUCUUGCCCAUGCCCCAGUGCAGGUCUUAGGAACUGAAGGAGAACCCGUAUUCUUGAAGGCCAAUGUACCUCCUGGCUUCCAUAUCAGGGAUACCUUCUGGAGUUUCCUGACCCCGGUAGAAGAGGUGGUGGCUAUCUCCUUCAGGGGAACCCCGGAGAUCCUGUACCAAUCCCGUUUCUACGGGAGAAGCCGACUCCACCCUAACUUCACUUUGGAGAUCAGUCCAGUGGCCUUGGGAGACAGCGGGACCUUCUCAGCACUGCUGGUGAACACAACAGGAGAGAUGGAGAAACAGAUCUUCCACCUGGCGGUCUACGGUAUGGUCCCCCGGAGGAAGAGGGGUGUGGCUGAUGUGGUUUCCACACCAACCAUCCGCGUGUUCAGCGAAGAGAGCAACCCAAACGGGCCAGCAGGAUCCUGUGAAUUAUUCCUGGCCUGUGCAGCAUCUAGAGGGACCAACGUCACCUACCGCUGGGCAAGGACAGAUGGCAAAGCACUGGCUAGGGACAAGCACUCGGCUUUGGAGAAUGGCCAGGUGCUGUGGGCUAAACUGGACCUCUCAGAAGACAUGCCAGCAAGCUACAGCUGUACCGUUGCCAAUGCAGUCAGCACAAAAUCCGUUACCAUCCAUGUCCAGGGACAAUGCAAGAGACAAUCAGGUGCUAAAGAACCGGACUAUGAUUACAAGAGCACCCUCCUCAUUGUUGUGCCCCUCGCAUCUUUUCUCCUGUCUGCAGCAGCCAUUUUGGUCAUGCACACUAAACAUCGCUCAGGGAAACAAAUGUCAUAUACAGUUUCAGAAAAUGAGUCGUUUCCUGCUUAGCUGGUUCUUCUCGGAGAAGAAAGAGACGGCCUCCUUGCUGGAGAAACAGACAGCGUAUGGACUUUGUUUUGUGAAGAACUGCCUUGUUUACAUGGAUGAAAGUUUUCGGACUGUUAAUGGACAGCUUUUCUCCUGGAUAUGGGGGGGAAACAAAACGAUGGCAUUUGGAGCUGCCAAUAAAAGCUGCCAAUUUUGUGUGUG